AAAACGUAGGCAGCCCCAGACACCCACAGACACUAGUUCAGAAGAGAAAUAUAUCAAAGUGGAACCAGGGGAAGGUGAAAUAUUAGUAGAAGAGCCAACAAAUAUGCCAGCAGCCGGGGAAAGCAAUGAUAGCUAUUCUGAUACUUCGCAAGGUGGUUUUGGAAAGGCACAAUAUUAUGGAACUGACCAACAUGUCAACUUGACUACAUCAGCAGUGUAUAGUCCUAACCCAACCAUGGAUAAAAAUACCAGGACUCCAACCACAAGUUCUGCCAUGAAUUCCAGUACACUAUCAGCUGGCUUUAUCAAGGAAGAUGAGACAAAAUAUGAAUGCUGUGGGAAUAAGUUUCCAGCAAAGGCCUGCUUUGAUUAUCACAAAACAGUUGUACAUGAUAAAUACUGCGAGGUCUGCUCAUCUCGGAUCGACCAUGAGAUUGACUCAUCAAAUCAUGGAAAGAUCCAUACUGGAGAGAAACCUUUCCAGUGUGAAUUCUGUUAUAAGUUAAUGGGUUCAAAGAGUGGAUUAAGACUACACCAAACCAGGGAUCUCAUUUGUGGUAUAUGCUGCAAGAAAAUAUGUUAUUCUAAAAAGUUACAGCAUUUGAAACUCCACCAAGGACAGAACCUUAUCUAAGUACAAUAAUAACAUUAGGGAUUUUGUUAUUUUAAGAGUACUAGGAUCAAUAUAAAGUACAAUAUUCUGUUGGAAAUUGCAGUCUAAAAUACAAUAGAUUCAAUAUCACAUGAAUUGACUGAUGAAGAGGUUGACUAAAACUUAUAUCCUCACUGCUCAAUGUUAACAAGACUGCAUACUACAAUUUACAUCCUGGAUACAAUUUUUAGUCCACGAAACGGAGAAUAUAGUGUUUAGCUUAUGUUUAUGGUCAUACCUACAGUUAGCUACAUUAAAUCAGGGGUUUCAUUAGCAGCAG